GCGGGCAUGAGCUCCCGGGCAGCCCCGCGCCUGCGCACGCUGCAGCGACACCUGGGCUCCCCCGAGGGCAGAGGUAUGGAGCCGGCCAGCAGCCCACUGACCACACACGUGCUGGACACGGCCUCAGGGCUCCCGGCCCAGGGCCUCUGCCUCCAACUGUCCAGGCUCGAGGACCACAGCCAGCAGUGGACUGAGCUGACAAAAAGCUACACCAACCUGGACGGCCGCUGCCCGGGGCUCCUGCCCCCAGGCCAGAUGAAGGUGGGCACCUACAAGCUGUUCUUCGACACGGAGGGCUACUGGAGGAGGCAGGGGCAGGCCAGUUUCUACCCCUACGUGGAGGUGGUUUUCACCAUCACAAAUGAGACCCACAAGUUCCACGUGCCCCUGCUGCUGAGCCCGUGGUCCUACACCACAUACCGGGGGAGCUAACGCUGCGCCCCGUCCGCCCACCGUCCACCCACCAUCCACCCUCUGCCAGGGCGGCCAGGGGCCCCGUGGCCAGGCCUGUGAUUCGGUGCCAAUAAAGGUGGUGCUGGCCUGCCACUGUUGUCUCCAGCUGCUGCAGCAAAGCCUGUGGAGGGCAAGAAGGGCAGCCUCGGGGUGGGGCUGGGGCUGCCCCCACAGGCAAGAGGACAUGCAGCAGAUGUGGAGAACCUUCAUUUGCUAAUGACUGAAGCCUCGGAGGCCCUUGUGUGUGAGGGCAUCGUUCAGGGGCUAUGUCGGGGUGCCCACGAGCCCCGCGGGGCCCUGGCCCAGCAUCUGCCCCACCACAGCCGUCUCCAGGGGCUUGAAGCCCACAUUGUCCAGGGGGAUCCCAAAGGCCAGGAGCUUGGCCUCGUAGGUCCGCAGCAGGUCGUUGUGGGCCUGUGGGCGGAGCAUGGACACCGGUCAGUGACCUGCCUAGUAACCAUGCGGCUGGGGCAGCAGA